AUGGCUGCCAUGACCCGCCUCGCGUGCCGCGUCUGCGAAGGGGACGCGCCGCCUUCCGCCAUGGACGCCGCUGCCGCCGCCGCCGCCGCCGCCACGGCUGCCGCCAGCGCACGUGCUGACGCGGCAGCCGCUGAGGCCACGUCGGGUGGUGCGGGGGAGGGUUCCGGUCGGGGUGGUGGGGCGGGGGGGAGGGGUGGAAACGGCGGGAGGGGGAGAGGAGGAAAAGGGGGAGGCCGUGGGGGGAAGGUGUUGGGGGGUUCUGUUCCGCUGGGCUUUUCUUUCCCGCACGUCAAUCCGCUAAAGGCGCAUCUCCAACAGUCACAUCGGCUUGGCAUGUGCGAUUUGUGCCUGGAGGGUCGCAAGGUGUUUGUGUGCGAGCAGCGACUCUACACUCGGCGACAGCUCGAGCGACACGCGGCGACGGGCGACGCGGAGCCGGACCGCGAGGCGGAGGCGAGCGAGGUGUGGGGCGGGUUUCGCGGGCACCCGCGGUGCGAGUUCUGCGUUAAGAGGUUCUACGGCGAGAACGAGCUGUACCAGCAUAUGAGCGUGGAGCACUACACGUGUCACAUCUGCCAGAGGGCGCAUCCCGGCAGCUAUGAGUACUUCCGAUCGUAUGACGACCUGGAGGCGCACUUCCGUCACGAACACCACCUGUGCGAGGAACGCGAGUGCCUGGAGAAGAAGUUCGUCGUUUUCAGCUCCGACCUGGAGCUCAAGCGCCACAUAGCUCAGAUGCACGCGGGCAACAUGAAGCGCGCCGAGCGCAACCGCGUGCUGCAGUUCUCAUUCCUACUUACCCUUUCGUUACUUCUCUUCCCUUUCCGCUCUCACUCCCUUCCACUUUUCUGUUCCCUUGUGCACUCUCCCUCCCCUCCCCCUCCCCUCCAACAACCCUCCACUUACGCCGUUCCAAAUCCCUUCCCUCUUUUUUUGGAACCUCUUUCGCCUUCCCCGCCGUCCCCCCCUUCCCACCUCCUCUCUUCUCCCCUUCCCCAGAUCCCAGCGUCUCAGCUGUUCAACUUCCACACGCCUCGCACCAACUCCGAAGGGCCAGGAGCAGAGUCAUACUCUACAUCUGGCCCCCACAUGUCCCUGCACGCCCACAGUCAGGGGGGCAGGGGGGGAGCAGGGGGGGGAGGCAGGGGGGGAAGAGGGCGAGGCGGAGGUGGAGGCGGAAGGGGAAGGAGAGGGGGAGGGGGAGGCGGAGGGGGAGGGGGAGGGGGAGUGAGUGAUGGAGAUGCAUUUACAGCUAGUAUAGAGCUCGCAAUGGUGGAUGCUGCUCUAAGGGAAUCUGCUGCUGCUGCUGCUGCUGCUGCUGCUGCUGAGCGAGGGGGCCGUGGGGGGAGUGAGAGUAGAGCGGAAGCCUUUCCGUCUCUCUCUUCCAGUGUGGCUGGUAGCAAUGCGGACGGAACUGGUCCUGGCGGUAGCAGCAGCGGCGGCGGCGGCGGUGGUGGAGGUGGUAGUGGUGGUGGUGCCGGUGCAGCGUAUGUGGACAGGGCUCAUGCAGGCGCUACGCCAGGGGCUGUGGUGGAUGCGCUGUUUCCGCCGCUCCCCAACGCCGCUGGCACAGGGAAAAAGAAGAGCAAGGGGAGAGCAUGGGCGGGCGGGGGAGGGGCAGGGGGAGGCAUGUCAAGCGGCGCAGGCAGCAGCAGCAGCCGCAGCAGAGGGAAUUCACCAGCAGGUGCAGGAGGAGGAGGAGGAGGAGGAGCAGGUGGGGCGACAAUGGCUGCUGUUCUCAUGGCUGAUGCGGGCUGGAACAGUGUCACUAAUCAGGGCAUGGCAGGGGGAGGGGGGAGGAAAGGGGGUAGAGGGAAGAAGGGCAGUGGGUGGACCGGGCUUCCUGCAAGGGGGGCGAGGGGCGGCAUUCAAGUCCUCAAUGCCGCCGGACCUAUUGGUCGCCAAGCCAACACGGGAGGCUCGGGGGUGUGGCGGAGCGUUGGGGAUGGGGGUGGUGGUGGAAAUAGUGGUGGUGGCGGUGGUGGUGGUGGUGGGGGAUAUGGGGAUGGGGGGAGUGUGGAUGGAUGGGCCAUGGUGGGUGUUAGUGGGAGGGAGCAUGGCGGUAGAGUGGGGAUUGGAGUGGGUGGUAGUGACAGUGGGCUGGCUGUAACCCCCUCAGCUUUCUCUCUCCUGUCUGCAGGCCACGAGGAGAGUGAGGAAGAGAGUGAGGGGGGGAGUGAGGGGGAGAGAGCAGUAGCAGCACCGGCGGCAGCGGCACGUAAGGAGAACGGUUAUUCAGGAAAGGAGGAGGAGGAGGAUCAGAGCAAGCGGGACGGGCAGCAGCAGCUAGACGAAGCAGAGUUCCGCGCAGCGAACCGGGCGGUGAUAGAGGAGAUCAGGUCUACCCUGGGAGGCGACAAGGGCAAGUUUGAGGACUUUAAGGACAAGUCAGUGCAGUUCAAGGCAGGGAAAAUGGUGACUGUGGUGUUCUAUGCUCACCUGUGCCGCUUGGGGAUUGGUCAUGUGGUGCCUCAGCUCGCCCGGCUGUGCCCGGAUGCGAGGAAGAGAGAGGAAAUGCUGCAGGCGCACGCGCAGAAAGAGGCGAUGAUGCGAGGGAUGGCGGGUGCUGGUGCUGGGGGUGCUGGGGGUGGAGAUGGUGUGGGUGGUGGUGGAGUUACCGCUGCAGGGGGGGCAAAGCAAGGGAAAAAAGCUGCGUCUUCCUCUUCCUCCUCGUCUUCUGCCCCUUCCAUGCCCUCGCUAGCUAACCAUGCUACGCUGAACAGUGCUUCUGCAGCGCGUAACACCAAGCCCACUGACCAAUCAGAGAGCGACAGCUGGGCUUGCGGCAUCUGUACGCUCAUCAACGAACCGAUUGUUCUCUGCUGCGCUGCGUGCGGGUCUGUCAACCCCAAUGCAUGCAAAGGUACAUUGACAGGAAAAGGAGCAGCAGGAGGGGGUACCGGUGGGGGACAGAGGAGCAAGGGUCGUAGGAACAAGGGUAUAACGGUGAGGAUGGGUGACGGCUCUGCUGCUGCGCUUCUGGGCCCGCUGAAUGGGAGGGAAGCAGAGGGGCCGCCGAGCAGCUGGGCUGAGGCUGCUGGUGGUGCCAGUGGUGGUGGUGGUGGAGGGGGUGGUGGAGGCACAGGAGGAGGUGCAUGGGGUGGGAGAGGUGGAUGGUAG